AUGGCUGAACAUAGUUUUUUAAAUGGCCGAUUAGUGCUGCUGGGUACGAUUGGGCUGGCUUUGUUCCUGCUUCCAGCCACCAUUGCACUAAAGGAAGGCGAAUGCGAGGUUUGCGUAAAGACGGUCAACGCGUUUGUGGACACACUAUCGGAUGAGACGAAAAAGGACACCAAACGGAUAGAGGACGAGUUCCGGGGCUUUUGUAAAAAGGCCAAAAACAAGGAACAGCGUUUCUGCUACUACCUCGGUGGUGUGGAAGACUCUGCCACGGGAAUUUUGGGUGAGCUUUCAAAACCAAUCAGCUGGUCGAUGCCGGCCGAAAAAAUCUGCGAAAAGCUCAAGAAGAAGGAUGCACAAAUCUGUGAUUUACGAUACGACAAACAAAUCGACCUAACUACGGUCGAUCUGAAGAAGCUGAAGGUGCGCGAUCUCAAGAAAAUUCUUUCCGACUGGGAUGAGGAAUGUGAUGGGUGCCUGGAAAAGACUGAUUUCAUCAAGCGCAUCGAGGAGCUGAAGCACAAGUACGUGAAAACGGAACUGUAACAAUCGUCACCGAUUGCUACGAUGCAUCUCG